AUGUUUUUUGACGGUCGUUCAAACUCCAUAACAUUAACGAAUGAUGAUACGUCAUCGACAACGUCAAAUAGGAGUUGUUUAUCGAUAAGUAGUUCUGAAAUACCUAAACGACAAGCGCAACCAAGACGUAGUUUAUUCGUUCAAGAACGUAGACCAUCAUCCAUCGAUAAAAGAUCGACGGAUAGUAAUGAUGAUAAUAAUCAUCCUAAAAUGAAAUUAAAGCCAAUGAAAUAUAUUAGACGUUUUUCGGUUUCAUUUUCUCUUCGUCCUCAAUUUCAAGCACAUAGACGUAAUCCAAAUGUUAAACAAUGGAUACAAGGAAAGAAACAUUUCAAUGCAAAUCCGAAAGAGGGUAUUCAAUGGCUUGUUGAAAAUAGUCUGCUACAAAAUACGCCGGAACAUGUGGCAGCAUUUUUAUACAAAGAAAAUGGUCUAAGUAAACGUGCCAUUGGAGAAUAUCUCGGAGAAAAAGAUGACUUUCAUAUUGAAGUUUUGAAAUAUUUUGCUCAUAUGCACGAUUUUCGUUCAAUGUGUAUUGUUGAAGCACUAAGACAGUAUUUGUUUGUAUUUCUACUGCCGGGUGAAGCACAGAAGAUUGAUCGUAUGAUGGAAGCAUUUGCUCAACGUUUUUAUGAAUGUAAUCCACAUGCAUAUAGUAGUUCAGAAGUAUGCUAUAUUAUAUCAUUCGCUACAAUAAUGUUAAAUACAUCAUUACAUAAUAAAAAUGCCAAACCUACUCGUGGAAUAUUUACGUUAGAAAAAUUUCAAACAAGUCUUACAGAAGCAAUCACCACAGCAAAUGGUCAAAUACCUGAUCCAAGCACCAUCAAAGCCAUAUAUGAUAACAUUAAAAAUAAUGAACUGAAAUUUCCUGAAGAUGGUUUUAAUUGUCCUGUAUUUCCAAACAAUGGAAAUGUAAUCAAAGAAGGAUUUCUCUUCAAACAAGGUGGUAGAUAUCGAAAUUGGAAACGAAGAUGGUUUGUUAUUACAGAAGGAUGUUUGUAUUAUUUUGAAUCGACAACGGAUCGUGAGCCACGUGGUAUCAUUCCGUUGGUGAAUGUUGAUGUUCGUGAUUCAGAUGAUCGUACGAAACAAUUUUGUUUUGAAUUAUUUCCAUUAGCUGGUGAUAAAGUUAAAGCAUGCAAACCAGUUUCAGGAGAUUUUGGAAAAACAACAGAAGGACAUCAUACUGUUUAUCGUAUGACAGCGGCAUCUGAAGAAGAUCGAAAAGAAUGGAUUCGAUGUUUACGAUAUGCAAGUCAAAAUCAAUUACCAAAACAUCGUUAUUCUUAA